AUGGUAGCUGAGAACUUUUCCUUCCCCAUCUCCCACACAUUCCCUUCCCCAAUCCACACCCAUGCCCUAUCCUCUUCCUCGACGUACCAUCCUCAACGAGGACGGCUCCGAUUCGUCGCCACCGCCGCGAAGAAGAAGAAGAACCCUUGGCUCGACCCCUUCGACUGCGGAGAGGACCCCGACAUCAAGUACGGAUCCCUCUUCGUCGACGGAAAGCAGGAGGAGGACCCUCGCCCUCCAGACAACCCCUCCAACCCCUACGGCUUCCUCAAGUUUCCCAUGGGAUUCAACGUCGAGCUCGCCUCGCUCGCCUCGCUCGCCUCCAAGGUCUGCGGUGACGUGCGCCUCUGCUACUGCGUCAUCUUCGACGGAGUCUACGAGAACCUCCUCUUCUUCCCCGUGAUCCAGCUCAUCAAGGAUAGGUACCCAGGCGUGCAGAUCGAUGUCGUUGCCUUGCCCAGGGGGAAGCAGGUGUACGAGGUGAACAAGAAUGUGAGGUGGGCAAAUGUGUAUGACCCCGACGAAGAUUUCCCGGAGCCGGCGGAGUACGUCAACAUGAUCGGUUUGUUAAAGCUUGCUGGACUUGGCCAUGCGGCAUUCCUGUUCAUGGCAUCUGCUCGGGACAAAGUAAGCUACGUGUACCCUAAUGUCAAUGCAGCAGGCACAAGCAUGCUGCUCACAGAGACCUUCACUUCUCCAACCAUGAACCUCUCCGAACAUGGAUACCACAUGUGA